CAGAGAGAGACAGAUUGGUACUGUCGAAGCUGGAGAUGGGGAUGGAAGAAGAGAAAGGCAAGGAGAAGAAGAAAUGGGGAAGUAGAAAUGGGGUGUGGCCCAUCUCCAUCAUCGCCAUCAUCAUCGUCUGCCUCUUCGGAUUCUUGAUCCGGGUGCUCGUCUCCCUCCAUCCAUACUCGGGCGCGGGACAUCCUCCCAUGUACGGAGACUACGAGGCCCAGCGGCAUUGGAUGGAGGUAACCCUCAAUACCCCGCCCAAGGACUGGUAUCGAAACUCCUCCGCCAACGAUCUCUCGUACUGGGGCCUCGACUACCCGCCGCUCACUGCCUAUCAGAGCUACGCCCAUUCCCUCCUCCUCCAUUCCUUCCAUCCUCCAUCCGUCGCUCUCUUCGCCUCCCGCGGCCACGAAUCUCCUCUCGGAAAACUUCUCAUGAGGUGGACUGUACUGUCUUCAGACAUAUUCAUAUUCUUUCCUGCAGCUCUCUAUUUUGUUGCUGUUUACUAUGCUGGUCGCAGUGAGAAAGACAGUGUGUGGCAGCUUGCCAUGAUCCUUCUCAACCCGGGUCUGAUCCUAAUUGAUCACGGUCAUUUUCAGUACAAUUGCAUCAGCUUGGGCUUAACACUCGCAGCUGUUGCUGCCAUCCUCUCUAAGCAUGAGUUGGUAGCUUCUGUCCUUUUUAGUCUUGCACUCAACCACAAACAGAUGAGUGCGUAUUUUGCACCUGCUUUUUUCAGCCAUCUUCUAGGGAAAUGCCUUAGACGUCAGAAUCCACUUCUGGAGGUGAUGAAACUGGGCUUUGUGGUUUUGGUAACUUUUGCAGUUAUUUGGUAUCCAUAUCUAUAUUCGAUGGAAGCUGUGAUGGAGGUUCUCUCCCGCCUUGCUCCCUUUGAGAGAGGAAUAUACGAGGACUAUGUGGCUAACUUCUGGUGCAGCACGUCAAUUCUCAUAAAAUGGAAGAGACUGUUCACAACACAAUCGUUAAAGGUUCUGAGCUUUGGUGCCACCGUUUCAGCAGUUCUACCUGCAAUGAUUCAGCAAAUAAGGGAUCCAAGCAAUCAUGGUUUCCUCUAUGCAUUGCUGAAUAGUUCGUUUGCAUUCUAUCUAUUCUCAUUUCAAGUUCAUGAGAAGUCUAUUCUAUUGCCCCUUUUACCUGCAAGCCUUCUAGCACUGGAAGAGCCUCUUCUUUUCAGGUGGUUGACGCACUAUGCAUUGUUCUCAAUGUUUCCUCUUCUUUGUCGUGACCAUCUGAUCAUACCGUAUGCAGCUCUAUUUGUUCUCUUUUUUCUCACUUACUAUAUGCCUUAUGUAAGACACAACAUGAGAGGAAUGGAUUCUCCUGCCAUGCGGAAAGCAUUGAUGACAUUGGCUCUUGUGUGUUCUCUUAUUCUUCAUCUCACUUACUUGACUUUGCAGCCUCCAGAAAAAUAUCCUUUCCUCUUUGAGGCCUUACUUAUGAUUCUUUGCUUCUCUCAGUUUGUAAUCAUUACCGUUUAUUCCAACUUGAAGCAAUGGAAGUUGUUCGACCAUUUAACUCAAAUGGAAAGGGAGAAAAAGGUUCUUUGAUAUUCUAAGGAAAGCAUCAUUUUGUUAUUGUUGUUCUCCAACUGUUUAUCCAAUACUUUUUGUUAAUGCAUGCCAGUGAGCCAUUUCCAUUAAACUGAA